AAUCAGUGGGGUAAAUGCCGGGGGACAUUUACCAGUAUUUUAUUAAAAAAAAACGAAGAGAGCACAAUAGAAGAGGGGGACUAUACCAAUACCUCUUCAAAGAAGGCAUACCUUCUCAAAAUACAAUGUAAAAAUCAAAUGAAUUAAAGUAAAUGAAAUGGAUUGAGGGGGCUAGACCUGACCCGAUCCAAAAAAGAGCAACAAGUAACAAAGCUGAGUAAAUAAACGAGGCCCAUAAAAGAUAGUCUAACAAAGCCAGCCCAAAGUCGUCCGACCCAAGAAUAAACGGUCUGAACCCAAGCAUACUUUCCUAUUCGGUGCAGACAAAUCAGGCAACCCUAAGAACCGGGUAUCCAACAUUGUUCAGGUGAAUGAUACCUCUAAUUCGAGAUGGGAGUUCUGAAAUGUGCUGAUAGAUCUUCGUGGACUGGACAAAGAAGAAUUCCUGAGGAAUAUAGUGUGCAGCUUCAUUAGCUUCCGUGUAACAAUGAGAGAAGGUGAAAUUCCGACUCGUUGCAAUGUUACGAAUAGGUGUGGAGAGGUUAGGAAAGCAUGAGGAACAAAGAUGGCUGACAGUUCUGCUUCUAGAACUGUUUGGGCUUGGAGAGGAAAGCACCCUGCAAAGAUUAGGUUACCGGUUUCAUCACGAAGGAUGGACCCACCUGAGAAAGAAUGGUGUCUGAAAGCAGCAUCAGUAUUCAUUUUGAAGAGGACAAAGUGAAACUUCCAUCCUGACAUGGAGUCCAGACAUUGUGGCCAUCAACAACAUCAGUCAAUUCAAGACCUUGGGAAUGAGUUUGGCAGAUUCGCUUCCAUAUAGGAGAGUCAGUCUGCCCAGAAGCAAGCUGAUAAUCAGAAAGGAAUUUUUUAAAAUUCAGCAGAGAUCUUGCACUACCAUUGAGGAACAACAGUUGAAGCUAGGGCUUGCUACCUGCACCUUUCUACGGGUGACAUCAAUCAAGGAAGACGUGGUUCGUGCUUCCUCAUUUUAUUUCAAAUUACCAAACAUUGCUCAUGGAUAUUUUUAUUGUCAUAAACUAUUCUUUUGGGGCUUGCAUGCCCAUGAUAUUGGCCGGUUGUGGCUUAUGACUUACCGUUGAAUAUUUCCGCUAUUCAUUGGUUU